GAGGGGAGAACAGUUUUCUCGUAUAUCGGAAAGCGUUAGGAUAGUUGAUCAUGCCUGAACCAGCCAAGUCCGCUCCAGCCGCGAAGAAAGGCUCCAAGAAAGCGGUGACCAAGACCCAGAAGAAAGAUGGGAAGAAGCGCAGGAAGACAAGGAAGGAGAGUUACGCCAUUUACGUGUACAAGGUGCUGAAGCAGGUGCACCCCGAUACCGGCAUCUCCUCCAAGGCCAUGAGCAUCAUGAACUCCUUUGUCAACGAUGUGUUUGAGCGCAUCGCAGGGGAAGCCUCCCGCCUGGCUCAUUACAACAAGCGCUCCACCAUCACCUCCCGGGAGAUCCAGACCGCGGUCCGCCUGCUGCUGCCUGGGGAGCUGGCCAAGCACGCCGUGUCCGAGGGCACCAAGGCUGUCACCAAGUACACCAGCGCCAAGUAACUGCUGCCCCAUCUC